CGGAAUGAGCAAGGGUUUUUGGAAUAAGACUGGUUCCAAGGACUUUAUUGGGUGUAAAUCACAUCUUGCACCCUUCCUACCUGGGCACCCAAUAAUACCACGAAAUGGAGAAAGACUUGAUGGCGUUGUGAGCGGUGCACCUUGGGGAAGUGCCAGUAUUUUGCCAAUUACUUGGGCAUAUAUUAGAUUAAUGGGUAUUUCUGGUCUAAAAAUUGCCUCCCAAAUGGCUAUACUUAAUGCUAAUUAUAUGGCAAAAAGAUUAGAAAAUGCUGGCUAUCGAGUUGUUUAUAGAGAUGAACAAGGCUUAAACGCUCAUGAAUUUAUUAUAGAUUGUAAGCCUUUCAAGCAUGUUGGUAUUGAAGUGGAUGAUAUAGCUAAACGUUUAAUGGAUUUUGGAUUUCAUGCACCAACAAUGCAUUGGCUAGAUUUUUAA